AUCAACACGUCGCCGUUUCCUUGUUCGAUCCCGUCGAUUUCAGGCGCCUGCUCGUCUCUUCCCCACUCCAUUGCUCGUGUUCUGGCGCUUCCCCCGCGAGCCCGCUCCUCGAUUCGAUUGAGGUCGCGUGAGCGCGCGCUUUGGAGCUCCGUGACUGCUGGGAUCCGGGCCGAUUGAGGUCGAAACAGACAAACAGUCGACUCUGAAGAUACAUGUAGCAGGAGGGGCAACAACAGAGAUAUUAGGUCUGUGCAUAAGAGAUGUUUGUUCCCAUGUUAGAUAACAGGUCUGAUCUUGAGAAGCCCUCUAUAAAUCCUGGGAUGUGGCAAUGCUCCAUUUGCACGCAUGAAAAUGAUACAAGUAAUUUAUCCUGUGAGCUAUGCGGUGUACUUCGUGAUGUGUCACUGUAUUUCAAUAAUAUCAGUGAAGCUGAAGCUGGAGCUAAACGCAGAAACAAGUAUUCUGGAGUGUCCGUAUUGGCAAGAUCUCUUUUUGCACCAUCUAGUACGAAGUCAGAGGCUAUUAUUUUCUCUGAUGGCUCCCAAGACAAUAGAAAUGCAACAGGGAAUAAGCAAGCUACCAUGGAUGCUCUGCACAAGACAUACAUGCCCAACAAAAAGCGCCACAUUAACAUAGUGCCUUUCAAGUUUGACACGCCAUCUCCUGAUGACAUGGUCACUACGGGCUUAAAAUCAUCAAGAAAUUUUAGAAAAGUUGACACAGAGGUUUUAAUUAAAGAUUCAGUUGAUGUCGCUGGAGAGAAGACGAUGGAUAGUGGUAUUCUUGUAACUGAAAAGGAUACAAGUAUGGACCCAAGUGCAUCAGCAGAGUUGGAUGAACUUGGCGGAACUAGUAGCAGUGUUCCUUCCAGUAGUCAAAAUAUAACUCUUGUUUUGGACCAUGAGCUACAGCAUUUAAGUUUGGAGAGCAAGCCGAAGAGCAGUAAACCCAAGAUUAAGAAACCGGCUUCUAUUUCACAGUACAAGCCAGAACCAUGGAUGCUCCAGAGUGAAGAUCAAGAAAUGCGUAGACAGCUAAAUCUUGCCAUUGUUGGUCAUGUCGAUUCUGGGAAAUCAACUUUAUGUGGUCGAUUACUGCAUGCUCUUGGAUUGAUUUCAAAAAAGCAGAUGCAUAAAUAUGAGAAAGAAGCUAAAGAAAAGGGGAAAGGAUCAUUUGCAUAUGCUUGGGCCAUGGAUGACAGCACUGAUGAGAGGGAGCGUGGAAUUACAAUGACUGUGGCUGUAAAAUACUUUGACACUGAGAAAUACCAUGUAGUUUUGCUCGACUCCCCUGGUCAUAAAGACUUUGUUCCUAAUAUGAUAUCUGGUGCUACACAAGCUGAUGCAGCCGUCCUAGUUGUUGAUGCGUCUAUAGGCUCAUUUGAAGCAGGCAUGGGUGUUAAUGGGAUUGGUCAAACAAAGGAGCACUCGCAACUUAUUAGGAGCUUUGGAGUUGAGAACUUGAUUGUUGCUGUUAAUAAGAUGGAUCAGGUGGAAUAUUCGAAGGACCGGUUUAAUUUUGUUAAAUCGCAACUUGGUAUCUUUCUUCGAUCAUGUGGGUUCAAAGACUCUUCAGUCACUUGGGUUCCUCUGAGUGCAAUGGCAAACGAAAACUUAGUGACUGCUGCUUCAGAUUCUCGUCUUUUGUCAUGGUACAAUGGAAAUUGUAUGCUGAAAUCCAUUGACUCGCUACCUCCUCCUCAUCAUGAUGUUUCAAGGCCACUACGCCUUCCCAUCUGUGAUGUUAUUGCAUCUAUCACACUGGGGCAGGUGGCAGUUUGCGGUAAAGUCGAGGCUGGAGGAAUCCGAACUGGUUCUAAGGUUCUUGUCAUGCCUUCCGGAGAUUUAGCUACAGUUAAAACCAUCGAGCGGGAUUCCUCUCGUUGCAGCUCAGCAAGAGCUGGGGACAACAUUGCUGUUGGUUUGCAAGGGAUCGACACCAGUCACCUUGUGUCAGGUGGAGUUAUUUGCCAUCCAGAUUUCCCCGUGCGCAUCGCUUCUCGCUUGGAGCUGAAAAUCUUGGUUCUAGAAAUCACUACACCAAUACUGGUCGGCCUUCAGUUCGAGCUGCACAUACAUCAUGCGAGGGUGUCUGCGAGCCUGGUUAAAAUACCGUCAUUGCUGGACCAGAAGACCGGCAAGGCCUCAAAGAAAAUGCCACGUCUGCUCACUGCGAAGCAGGCUGCUAUAGUUGAAGUGAAGCUGGACAAGGAAGUGUGCGUGGAAGAAUUCUCGACUCUGAAGGCGCUUGGGCGGGUGUUCCUGCGGUCUCGAGGCAACACCGUUGCGGUGGGCGUUGUGACUCGAAUUCUGGAUCAGGCUUAGAUCCCUCGACUAACCAGACAUGUCGUGUACACGGUGUAUAUCUAUCUCAUGUUACCAGUUGCUAGUCAAUAGAUCUGUGUACGCGCGGCUGUACUAACCGUAGCCGAUGGCACUAACCUAAAAGUCAGAAGAUUUAUGGCUCGAUUCUUCAGUUGUCUCGAAUGACGCUGGGCAAUGGUUGUCAGCCCAGAGCCCACCCGUUUUCUCAA